AGGACGACACUUGCAACACACCGGUGGGAAAACAUGCAGAGUGUCCCUCCCUCCCCGGGGGGGCAGCUCCUCUCCGAGGAGCAGUUCCAGUGCUCCAUCUGUCUGGAGGUGUUUGUGGAGCCUGUCUCCACGCCCUGCGGCCACAGCUUCUGCAAGGCCUGCCUGCAGGGCUACUGGGACCACAGCAAGAAGUUCCUCUGCCCCAUGUGCAAGAAGAGCUUCUCCAAGAGACCCGAGCUGAGCGUCAACAGGGUCCUGGCGGAGAUCUCCUCCCAGUUCCAGGGCCUGACAAUGGCCGGGGGUUCCGGGACCGUCACACGGGGAUCAACGCUGAAUCUGAGCUCAGAUACAGCUCACGGGGACUCCCCAAAAAGCGUCGACACCGGGGAGUUCGCCCGAGAGGGGGAGGUGCCAUGUGACGCGUGUAUCGGGAGGAAGCUGAAGGCUCUUAAGUCUUGUUUGAAUUGCCCUGGGUCGUUCUGCGAGGCCCACCUCCGGCACCACAAGAAGGUGAGGUCUCUCACCUCCCACCGUCUGAUCCAGCCCACUCUCCACCUGGAGGAGAAGCUAUGCAAGAAACACGAGCGUCUCCUGGAGGCAUACUGCCGCACUGACCACAUCUGCAUCUGUGUCGCCUGUGCAGAGGCCUCCCACAAAAGCCACGACAUCGUCUCCACAGAGCGCGAGUGGAAGAAGAAGAUGGCUAAUCUGGGAAAUAGGAGAUCAGAGCUGAAACACUUGAUUAAGGAGAGAGCCAAGAAACUGGAGGAAAUCAAACAAUCCAUUAAGGUCAUCAAGACCAGUGCUCAGAGGGAGCUGGAGGAGAGCUGGCAGGUGUACGCAGAGCUGCAGCGUCUGGUGGAGCAGAGCCAGGCGGAGCUGGUGGAGCUGAUCGCCACACGGCAAAGAGAGGCCGAGCGACAGGCCCAGGAGCUGGCCCGCGCCCUGGAAAAUGAACUCAGCCAGCUGAGGAGGAGAAGCAGCGAGCUGGAUGCUUUCGUACAGACCCAUGACAAAGUGGUCUUCCUCCAGAAUCUGCCGACGCUAUCACCACCGCCAGAGCCCACCGACUGGUCGGCGGUCAGCAUUAAUACGGACCUCUAUCUGGGGACCAUCCGCUCCUCUGUCAGCACCCUUAUCAACAGGUUCCAGGGGGAACUCAAAAGACUGUACGGGAAAGAGCUCCGCAAGCUGCAGAACUAUUCAAGUGAGGUGUUCUUGGACCCGGCCACGGCCCAGAGGAACCUGGUCAUAUCCGAUGAUGGACGCCAAGUGAAGUACGAGGAGCGCAAGGUGUCUCAAUCCGAGGGCCCAAAGCGCUUCGGUCCUGCCCUCUUCAUUCUGGGCAGAGAAGGCCUCAGCUCUGGACGCCACUACUGGGAGGUGGAAGUGGGACGCAAGACGGCCUGGACGCUUGGUGUGGCCCGUGCCACCGCCCGCCGCAAGGGCGAGAUCAAGCUGAGUCCUGAGGGGGGUUACUGGUGCCUGUGGCUGAAGAACGGAGAGGUCAAGGCCUUGGCGUCGGCCCGCAUGCCCCUUAUGCUUUCAUCACAGCCCAGCAAAGUGGGCAUCUUCCUGGAUUACGAGGGAGGCCAGGUGUCAUUCUAUGAUGUGAAGGCACGCCUGCAUCUCUAUACCUUCACUGACACCUUCAGCGAGAGCCUGUACCCCAUCUUCAGCCCCUGUCUGAGCCAGGAGGGGAAGAACUCCACCCCGCUCCUCAUAAGCUCCGUCAAACACAGCUAACCCAGACGACCGGUGAUGUUGAGUCAUGUCAUGAUCAGUUCAUUUGCAGUGUGGUAUUUCUGGAAUAGGCCCAUUAUAAAGUGACUAGUGCCUUGUAAAAACUGUGUAUCUCGAAUAACGGUCUAAUGAUGCGUUUACAAUUAAACGGCUUAUCUGAAAACAAAAGGGGGAACUUUCUUUAAACAAGUGACAAUAUAGGGCAUCCGGUUGGUGUGGCAGUCUACUCCAUUGCCUACCAACACGGGGAUCGGCGGUUCGUUACCUUCGGCUUGGCCGUGUCUGCAGGUGGGAACUGGGGAGAAUAGCGUGAUCCUUCCAAGCGCUACGUCCCCCUGGUGAAACUCCUCAUUGUCAGGUGAAAAGAAGCGGCUGGCGACUCCACAUGUACCGGAGGAAGCAUGAGGUAGUUUGCAGCCCUCCCCAGAUCGGCAGAGGGGGUGGAGCAGCGGCCGGGAUGGCUUGGAAGAGCGGGGUAAUUGGCCGAGUACAACUGGGGAGAAAAAGGAGUUGGGGGGGGGGGACUAGUGACAAUAUAACAAAGAAAGCGCAGUACUUUUCAUACACUGUGAAGUAAUAUUUUUGUCAAAGUCAAGUUGCAUUAGAGACCAGUACAUCCACUUCUGCCUAUGGACUGAUCUUUUCACUCGCUUUAAGGAAUAUCAGAUAAGAGGAGAUCAUCAUUACAAGAUUAAAUGAGUUAAGAUUUUCUUUUCUAUUUCCUGUGUACAAAGUAAUAAAGGGAAAGUAAUCCAUGGCCAUUCAAGUCUGUGCCCAAUAUCAUGAAUAUUACUGAGCCCAACACCUAUCCAUAGUUUAGUCCCACCUCCUUACAGCAUUUGAAGUAUUUAUGCUCCUCAGUUGAAGGAUAUAUUCAUUUUGAUUUAUAGUUUAAAAUGUUUCAAGCUGAAAAAAUAUGAGUUAAUGGGGAAUUGUAACUGAAUUUGCUCCAAACAUUUGAACAUCACAACGGCAACGGAUGAAAUGUUUACUUGGUGGAAGGUUGUGGGUCCAAAAGUGUGUUUGGACAUUGUACAUCUACAUAGACUGCUUAUUUAGUCACUUUGACCUCAUAAGGUUGCUUGUUUAUAUGCCUUUUGAAGAAAAUUAUCUCAGAAUUACCCCCCAAACUGCAAAGAGGGCACCCCGUGACUCCGAGGGGGCUUUCUCCAAGCCAAAAUAUAUUUUCCCCAGAGCUAAAUGUGCCUCGCGUAGCUAGCUUUAGCCAGUGUUGGUUUACAUGUUAUAAGAUGAUGAUGCUCAUGUGAGUUAUAGAUCUCUGGCACUUUACCUUCCAAUCUAUGUUUACCUAUGUCAACCCCAAGAAGAGUUGCGAGUGUAAUGCGGCCGACUUAUCAACGGGAGAAGAGCUCUUCUGUACAGGGUUUAUUUAACAGUCCUGCCUCGGGAAGCUUAAAAUGAGACACGCUAGCGUACAACCUUGCAAUUGUUCAAUUCCUUAAGCUGUUCUCAGUACCAACAUUUUUUUUUAUAAAAGGAUUUCUUUUGUACUUUUACUCUGAAACUGUUUUGAUACAACUUUCUGUCAAUAAACACAUUAC